AGGCUGAGCGGAAUUAUGCUCAAAUAGACCGAGAAGCAUUAGCCGUGGUGUUUGGAGUGCGUCACUUUCAUCAGUACCUAGCCGGGCGAAAAUUUGUUAUUCUUACGGACCACAAACCGCUGCUAGGAAUAUUUCGGCGAGAGAAACAAAUACCGGAUGUUCUGUCACCACGCAUGCUACGAUGGAGCCUAAUGCUGUCGGCCUACGAAUACCAGCUUGACUACCGCAAAACUCAGGACCAUGCGAACGCUGAUUGCUUGAGCAGGCUUCCGGUUCCAGCAUUUCGGUUGGAAGCAGAAACGCCGGGCGACGUAUUGCUUUUCGAAGCCGCUGAGUACCCGCCAGUCACCGCCGCAGAAGUUGCUGGCUGCACGUCGCAAGACAGUCGGCUAUCGGAAGUAAGGAAAUGGAUCAUCGACGGCUGGCCAAAAGAAGGGGUACCGAAAGACUACGGUGCGUACGAGAUAAGGCAGAACGAACUGUCCGUGCAUCGUGACUGUGUGGUUUGGGGAAACCGCGUGGUAAUCCCUGAGGUGCUGCAAAAACGUGUCCUCAUCUUGAUACAUGCUAAUCACCCGGGAGUGACGGCAAUGAAAGCUAUCGCGAGGUCCUACGUUUGGUGGCCGAAGAUGGAUGCGCAGAUCGAAGAAUUUGUGCGGCACUGCAAGGCGUGCCAGGAAAACCGGCAAAGUGAGCCGAAAGCGCCUACGCAUUUCUGGACGAAACCGGAGCGAGCAUGGAGCCGAGUGCAUAUCGAUUUUGCGGGUCCUGUCGAUGGUGCGGUUUUCCUAGUCGCAGUUGAUGCUUUCUCAAACUGGGCGGAGGUGGAAAUAAUGACGUCAAUGCACUCAUCUGCAGUGAUCGAGCGGCUGCGUAAGAUGUUUGCAACAUACGGACUGCCAGAUUUGAUUGUUUCAGAUAAUGGCACGGCGUUUACCAGCCGGGACAUGCAGUCCUUUUUGAAGUUGAACGGCAUUGAGUACAUGUAUACUGCUCCCUACCACCCUGCGAGUAAUGGGAGAGCAGAACGCAUGGUUCGGGAGCUAAAGUGUGCACUGAGAAAGCAGAGGCAAGGCUCUCUAGCGUGCAAGGUGUCUCGCUUCUUGUUCAAGCAACAUUCCACGCCGCACUCGGAAUCCGGCAAGACCCCAGCUGAGCUUAUGCUGGGCAGGAGCCUGCGCUCGGGCCUGUCAAAACUUCACCCCGAUGCGAUGGACGUGGAGUGCAAACGGCAGCCUCCAGAACAAAGCUUUCAGUGCGGUGACUCUGUCUACGCAAGGAAUUUUCGCCAAGGUCCGAAGUGGUUGGCUGCUCGUGUGCUACGGCGUCGGGGUCACGUCAUGUACGAGGUCCAGACAUCCGACGGGAGUAUCCAUCGACGCCACCGGAACCACGUGCGAAGGGCCUGGGAACCAACAACUCCAACCGGCGGGACAACAGCUUCGUUUGCCCUUCCGGGAACGCCCGGUUCGGAGCCUGGCCCUCUGGAGGCCGGGGUUUCCCUUCCGGGCCCGUCAAGUCUGGGGGCGAGGUCACCUGCGGUCGAGACUCCCGUAUUGAGGCGUUCUUCCCGCCAGCGUCGCCCGGUGCACCGAUACGGCAUAGAUGACUAGGGGGGAGGGAUGUGAUAUCGUGCCAAGUGACGUCGUGCGGUGAC